GUUACUUCCUUGAUAGAUAGAAAAAACAAUUGUACUUUAUAUAAAAGUGCUCAUACCAAAUUUUAGGCAAGUUUAAAUGUUAGUGUUCAGUAGAAACAUGCAAAUUGAUAUAAUCCUCAUCAUUAACCUCGUUCUAUUUUUACGGUAUUUACCUAUAUCGCACUCACAGGAUAAUGAGGAAAAGAAUUGGCUGGAUGCGUGUGACAUUCACAGAAUGAAAAAAGGAGGUUUUGGGGGAGAAUCUGCAGGACCAAGAACUCCAAAGACACCAUCUGGACCGUCCCGACCCCCUUACAAAUGUCCAGGAGCUGUUCCUUUUAGACCCUCGGCUUCUAAAGAUGAAUUAACGGAUGCAGUAAAGCAGAAACUCCUCAUAGACGCGUUUGAAAGAGGUAGUUAUGUGGAGAAAGAAGAUUGGACCAAAGAUGCAAGAGGAUUCAUAUCAGAUUUCUAUGGUGAUAAUGAUGAUGAUGAUUAUGAUUAUGAUUAUUACCCUUCCAACGAGAUGGAACAGUGAAUCAAUUUGUUCAACGAUUUUUCUGGGUGACUUAUGAUUUCCGUAUCCAUAUAUAUUUAUCUCGUGUAAGCACUUCCUUUGGCAAUUGCGAAGAAGCAACAAAUAAAAUGCUGAGAAU